CAGGCUCGAGCCUGCAAGACAAGUGCCCUACGUAAUUGUUACUAGUAGUUAGUGACAUUCAAGACCAGCAGGAAACAUAGAAAGCUGCAUACGCCGGGCCAGGACAUUCCAAUGUAGACUGGAAGAGGUAGACUUGUGCAUUUCUCAUCGAACUUCUUCUAUCCGGCCCAGUCGAAUAAUCUAGAGCCGCUCUGCUCCCCGUCUGGCCUGCACAGCUGCAGAUGUCCAUCGUCAUCGCGCCUCAUUAGAUAUCUCAACACAGCAAGCCGCAAAGGAUGGCAUCAAUACGAAACAUCUGGGCAUUGCUUGUCUGCUUCGUCUCACUCAGCCUGGCCGUGAACUUGACCUCAAAACCAGAGCUACGAUGUAUCAUGUACUUCACGGGCCAGCACCCCGAGGCACCUCCAAAAAGUCAGCUCCAACAUGUGACCCAUGUAGCCGUGGCUUUCAUGAGCCCCGGCAUCUUCAACGAGCCCGGGAGGGCGGACUGGCCGAUGUUUACCACCGUCGACGAUGUCCGGACCAAGUUCCCCAGGGAAACGAAGGUCCUGGUUGCCAUUGGUGGCUGGGGAGACACGAUCGGCUUCGCGGUGGCCGCAUUGAACGAUGAGACCCGGAAGAUGUUCGCCGAGAACGUGGCCAACAUGGUUGGGGCCACGGGUGCCGACGGAAUCGAUGUCGACUGGGAGUACCCGGGCGGCAACGGCGAAGACUACAAGAAGGUGCCGAACUCGGCUAAGGAAUGGGAAAUCCGCGCCUACCCUCUCCUGCUAGCAGAGCUGCGGGCGGCCCUCGGUCCAGACAAGAUUAUCUCGGCCGCAGUGCCCGGCCUGAGGCGGGACAUGCUCGCCUUCACGCGCGAGACAGUGCCACGCAUCAUGCGCCACGUCGACUUCCUGAACGUCAUGAGCUACGACCUCAUGAACCGCCGUGACACGAUAACCAAGCACCACACCGGAGUGGAGCUGAGCCUCGAAGCCAUCGACGCCUACGUCGCAGCAGGAGUCGCGCCGCAGAAGCUCAACCUUGGGUUCGCCUUUUACGCGAAGUACUUCAUGACAGAGCGCGAUGCCUGCGCUCUCUCAAGCCCGGUGGGCUGCCCGACCCUGCUUCUGGAGGACCCAGAGACGGGAGAGGACCUUGGCCGUAGCGGGGCCUUCUCCUGGCACGAUUCGGUGCCUGAGGACGUGACCGAGUCGUUCUCUCGGGCACUGGAACACGGGGUGUACGAUGACCAGCAGGGGGGGUACUACUACUGGGACGCUAUUCAACACCUAUGGUGGACUUUUGAUACACCCGAUGCCAUCAAACGCAAGUUCCCACUGAUUGUGGACAAGAGGCGCUUGGGAGGGGUGUUCGCCUGGGGCCUGGGUGAAGAUGCGCCCUUGUUUAAGCAUUACGCGGCGCUCGUCGAGGGGUUACAGGAACAUUGGGGCGCAAAGGACGAGUUGUAGACGGGAUUUAUGCUUUUCCACGUACAUACAGGGAUUUGGUACUUGCGGAUAACCUGUUGCCAGCAGGAGUAAUAAGAGAGGCAAUUGUCAGA